AUGCUGAGGAGUUGCUUACUUAGUGACUCAUUUCAUCUGUUAAAGCAGCAGCUAUUCCGAUCCACGGCACCUAGAAGCAUUUUUGAGCGGAUUAGACCCCAAUCUGUAGCGAUGUCCACAGAGCAACAGUUACCUGAGGUCGAUGCCAAUGGUGAGAUCAUCAUCAACCCACUCAAGGAGGAUGGCAGCCCCAAGACCGCUAAGGAAGUGGAAAAGGAGAGAAAGAAGGCGGAGAAGCUGUUGAAGUUCGCGGCCAAGCAGGCCAAGAAGGCGGAGAACAAGGCCAACCAGCAGAAGAACCAGACGAAGAAGGAAAAGAAGAAGAAGGAGACAGAGGCGGUGGUGGAGUUUGUGGACGAGACUGUCCCGGGCGAGAAGAAGAUUCUGAAGUCUCUGGACGACCCUGCGCUGAAAGCGUACAACCCGGCCAACGUGGAGUCGUCGUGGUACGACUGGUGGGUCAAGUCUGGGUUUUUCGAACCGGAGUUGACCAAGGACGGCAAAAUCAAGCCAGAGGGCAUUUUCUGUAUUCCUGCCCCACCUCCAAACGUCACCGGUGCUUUGCAUAUUGGACAUGCGUUGACGAUUGCCAUCCAGGACUCAUUGAUCAGAUACAACCGCAUGAAGGGCAAGACCGUUCUGUUCUUGCCAGGGUUCGACCAUGCGGGUAUUGCGACCCAGUCCGUUGUUGAGAAGCAGAUCUGGGCCAACGAGAAGAAGACCAGACACGAUUACGGCAGAGAGGAGUUCGUAAAGAAGGUGUGGGACUGGAAGGAGGUGUACCACGCCAAGAUCAAGAGUCAGGUGCAGAGGUUGGGUGCUUCGUACGACUGGAGCCGCGAGGCGUUCACACUGGACCCUGAGCUGUCGCGCUCUGUCACUGAGGCCUUUGUGCGGCUGCACGAGGAGGGCGUCAUCUACCGUGCGUCUCGCUUGGUCAACUGGUCUGUUAAGCUAAACACUGCCAUCUCGAAUCUGGAAGUAGAAAACAAGGAGAUCGCCGGGAAAACGUUGCUCUCUGUUCCAGGCUAUGAUGAGAAGGUUGAGUUUGGUGUGUUGACUUCCUUUGCUUACCCUGUUGUGGACUCUGAUGAAAAGUUGAUCAUUGCAACUACCAGACCCGAGACCAUGUUCGGUGACACGGCAAUUGCCAUCCACCCAGAUGACCCUCGCUACAAGCAUUUGCACGGUAAGUUUGUUCAGCAUCCAUUUUUGCCACGCAAGAUGCCAAUUGUCUGCGAUGCGGAAGCUGUUGACAUGGAAUUCGGUACUGGUGCUGUCAAGAUUACUCCAGGCCAUGACCAGAAUGAUUACAACACUGGUAAACGCCAUGACUUGGAGAUUAUUAACAUACUGACGGAUGACGGUUUACUGAAUGAGAACUGUGGUCCUGAGUGGCAGGGAAUGAAGCGUUUCGACGCCAGAAAGAGAGUGAUCGAGAAGCUUCAGGAGCUUGGGCUGUUCGUCAGCCAGCAAGACAAUGAAAUGGUUAUUCCAACAUGCUCGCGGUCUGGUGACGUUAUUGAACCUAUCUUGAAGCCACAAUGGUGGGUCUCGCAAGGUGAGAUGGCUAAGGAAGCUAUCAACGCGGUGAAGGAUGGCCGGAUCACAAUCACUCCAAAAUCUUCGGCUUCCGAAUACUUCCACUGGCUAGAAAACAUCCAGGACUGGUGUAUCUCGAGACAGCUAUGGUGGGGCCACCGUUGUCCAGUCUACUUUGUAAAUAUCGAGGGGAAGGAACAAAGCAGAAACGAAGGUACCUAUUGGGUUUCCGGCCGUAAUCUGGAAGAGGCCCAGAAGAAGGCUGCUGAAAAGUUCCCUAACGAGGUCUACACUUUGGAGCAGGAUGAAGAUGUCCUAGACACCUGGUUUUCGUCUGGUCUAUGGCCAUUCUCCACUUUGGGUUGGCCAGAUAAGACUCCCGACAUGAGCACGUUCUAUCCAUUUUCGAUGUUGGAGACCGGUUGGGAUAUCUUGUACUUCUGGGUUGCAAGAAUGAUCCUGUUGGGCAUCAAGCUAACUGGUAACGUUCCAUUCAACGAGGUGUUCUGCCAUUCUUUGGUGCGUGACGCUCAAGGUCGCAAGAUGUCCAAGUCUUUGGGUAACGUUGUUGACCCAUUGUAUGUGAUCACUGGUAGUUCUCUAGAGGAAUUGCACGCCACUCUGUCGAAGGGUAAUUUGGACCCAAGAGAAGUUGAGAAGGCCAAGGCUGGGCAAAAAGAAUCGUAUCCAAACGGUAUCCCACAGUGUGGUACAGAUGCAUUGAGAUUCGCCCUAUGUGCAUACACUACGGGUGGACGUGACAUCAACCUUGACAUUCUGCGUGUUGAAGGUUACAGAAAGUUCUGUAACAAGAUAUACCAGGCUACCAAGUUUGCCUUGAUGCGUUUGGGUGACGACUAUGUCCCACCAGCCGAGGAACAACUUUCCGGCAACGAGUCGCUAGUUGAAAAGUGGAUUUUGCACGAGCUCUCAUCCACUGCUAAGACUGUGAACGAGGCAUUUGACAAGCGUGACUUCCUAACCUCCACUUCGGCUAUCUACGACUUCUGGUACCUAAUUUGUGAUGUCUAUAUCGAGAACUCGAAGUACCUAAUUCAAGAGGGCACCGAUCUGGAAAAGAAGUCUGCCAGAGACACUCUAUACACCUUGGUUGAUAAUGCAUUGAGAUUGAUCCACCCAUUCAUGCCAUUCAUUAGUGAAGAGAUGUGGCAACAUCUUCCAAAACGUGCUUCCGAGACUAGCGAAUCGAUUGUCAAGGCCAAAUACCCGGUGUUCCGCCAGGACUUCUUUGAUGAGGAAUCUGCUGCGGACUACAACUUAGUGUUAUCCGCCACCAAGGAGGCUAGAUCUUUGUUGGCUGAAUACAACAUUGUCAAAAACGGCAAAGUCUUCAUCGAAGUCCAAGGCAACAAUGACAAGGUGUUCACCUGCUUGAACUCUCAGAGCGCCUCGAUCGUGUCUUUGAUUAAGGCCAUUGACCAGGUCACUGUUGUACGCUCUGCUACUGAAAUCCCAGAGGGCUGUGUGCUAAGCAGCGUUACCCCCGACGUCAACGUGCACGCCUUGGUAAAGGGCCAAGUGGAUAUCGACACCGAGAUCCAAAAGUUCAACAAGAAGCUGGACAAGGCACAAAAGUCAAAGGAGGCUAUCGAAAAGGUGGUGGGCAGCAGCGACUAUGAGACCAAGGCAAACGAGCAGGCGAAGAAGGCCAACAAGGAUAGAUUAGACAGCAUCGCUGCUGAGAUUGAGUCUUUGGAAGCCACCAUCGCUAACCUCGAAAAGUUGAAGUUGUAA